AUGAACGAUGCAGCCGAGGCCGGUAAUUCCGGUCAUGAGGCUUAUAUUGUUAGUCACAAUCUACUUCUGGCUCAUGCAGAAGCUGUUGAAGCCUUCAGAAAUUUCACUAAUUGUAAAGAUGGUAAGAUCGGUAUGGCGCAUUGUCCUUUAUGGUAUGAGCCAUAUGAUUCAACUAAUGUCGAAGAUAUUGAAGCAUCCGAACGAGCUAUGGAGUUUAUGUUUGGAUGGCACAUGAGUCCUACGGUGUACGGAGAUUACCCUGAAGUAAUGAAGAAAAUAGUGGGAAAAAGAUUACCAUCUUUUACCGAAAGCCAGUCAAAAAAGCGGGCAAGGCCAUCGGUGCACAGGGUGGAGUGGAGUGGAACUUGA